CCGAGGCGCGUCUCCGCGCCGACGUUUCUCUCGCUCGCUGGAAGCCGCGCGGAGUGACACCUCCCCGCUGUUUAUCCCCCUCUCGGGAAUCAGGAGCUCGUUACACCUGCCGGGUGACUCCUCGCUCCACCUGUGUGACGAAGCGAGGGCUCCCGCUGCUCCGGACCAGGCGGGCGGACUGACGGGUGGUUUCUUCUCGGCGAUGAAGCCCACGCAGAAAUCCACGACAAUGACUUUUAUCAGCUGCGGGACACUUUGCUGAAAAUCAGAAUCUUGACAACGCAACAGUUGACUAAACAGAGGGAAGAUUUAAUAAAAACAUGUCUGGCCAAGGUGGUUUAGUCACAGGUUUAAGUGAGGACAUGGCACUCCCACCUGCAGAGCCACAAAUAACAGGAAGUAAAAAGCCAGAAGGGAGUAACAGCAUAGAGGAAAGAUGGGUUACAGGCGAGGAAAAAGAAGAACUGGACUCGGAGGAGGAUGAUGAUGAUGAGGAGGUGGAGGAGGAGGAGGAGGAAGAAGAAAUGACCACCUCUGCUCAUCUCGAGCCGACCACUCUCCCGUGGCCUGGAGACAAAGACAACAGGCCUCAGACAGACAAAGACAACGGGGUGUGGUCAGAGAAAGGAGUUCCUCAGCCCAAAGACACAGAGCAGCUCUACAGAGCAGGCCGGGACCUGUCAAAGGACCGAACGAGCAGGUGGAGGGAAAGCAUGCCUGAGGGCGAGAGGUGGAGGGACGACGAUAUAGAGAUGGAGCGGGACAUUAAUGGGGAUGGCUCUCUGGCAGAUGAUGAAGAGGAGGAGGAGGAAGAGGAGGAGGAGGAAGAGGAGGGAGAAAAGUCAAAUUGGAUUUCAGGGAAAGGUGCUUUGAGUUUCAACCCACAAGUGACAAUUGUGCGUCCGUCCAGCAAAGAGCUUCCUGAGGAGAGCAGGCUGAUCAUCGAGAAGGAUGUCGGGAAGGAGCACAACUCGGCAUUGCACUUUCAUCCAGAGUGGACAGAAGAGGACGACAAGUUCUACCUGUGUGAGGGUCUGUGCCGCAACAAGCUGAGGAUCGCUCUGGCGACGGCGGCUGCUGGACUCCUGUUCCCUCUCCUGGUGUGGGGAGCUUACGUGUUCCUGCCCUUUGACCCCCCCGUGCUUGCGAGCACCCCCCUCAGGGUGGUGUACACGCUACGGUGCUCCUUCUUCGCCAUCAUCCCCAUCCUGCUCGGUGUGGUGGUGCAGGGUGUAGCUCGGCUGCGCUACAGCGUCCUGACGCCCCUCUACCAGAGCAAUCGGGUAAACCGAGAAGUGGCGGUGCACCAGCACUUUGUCAACGAGUCCCUGUCCCUCUUCCUCUUCUACUUCCUGCAGCUCGCUGUCAUGGCAACGUACAUCAGCCAGGACCUGCUCAAACUGGUGCCGCUGCUCACCAUCAUAUUCGUUUUUGGCAGGCUGAUCUACUGGCUCUGCCUCUCUCUGGGCAGCAGCAUCAGGGGCCUCGGCUUUGGCUUCUCAUUCUUCCCCAUACUGGUCAUGCUGGGCACCAACCUGUACUUUGUCUGCUCUUCAGUUGGACGAGAGGCAGUUUUCGAAGUUGAACCUCCAACCACGACUCCUCCUCCCAAGCUGCGCUGGUGGGGUUGAAGGCCGUGAGUUAAGAGACAAAUAACUGUAAACGUCUAUUUUGGCAGGUGAUUACCAUAAAUACAGAAAGGGAAGUUAAAUGCUGCAACAACUGGGGAAGCAGAUAUUUUUAUUAUUGAAUUGAUAAUGAUACGCUGCAAGUGACUACAUUGGUCGUAUUUAAUGCGUUUAAUGUUGUACAGCAGUCAUUUUUUCUGUUUGUAUCAACAGUGACUGCUUAUAAAGCCACUACCAGUAAAAACAUAUAGUAUAAAAAAUGAUUUUCUGAACACUCAAAUAUAACUUUUAAUGUUUCUAAAAAAAUAAAUCAAAGACCGCAUGUUGUGCAAUAAUGUAUAUGUUGAAUCUCUGCCUAAGAAGAAAUGCACUUAUUUACAUGAGGAAGUUUACAUAAAAGGUCUUGAUGUGCAUCCAAAAUGAAAUACCUUAUUUUUUCAUGUGACUAACCUUAAAUCGCAAAUCUUUGAACAGUCUCAACCUUUUUUGUUGACUUGAAAGAAUCAGAUUUUAGUUUGAGCCAUCCGUUGUUUGCUGGAUGUGACAAUAAAAGUUGGAAAACUUUCAUAUUAAAGAAGUGAAGUAAAUGAGAUACAUAAAGGUUUUCAUGUAAGAUUUUGUUAUUAAAAAGUGAUGCUGGUCUAGUUUA